GUGAAGUUCCAAAAUCUAACCAAUGGCGUGAAACGAAAAAGCAGACUUAUAAAUGUGGAUCAGACCAUUGCGUCCAGCCCAAGUUCAAGCCGGAGCACCUCACCAAGGAAUGCGGUGCCCGUACUGCGCGGCGAGCCAGGGGCGGUGCGCCACCACUUCGACCGGCAGAUUAAUUACAGAGUGCAGCUCAUGUGGCCGUGUAGUAGAGGAGCGUCAGACACAGCCCCACCACCUCUUCCACACUCGUGCACAUGACACUCCCCUCUGCCUCGUUACCUCCGACCUCCCAACUCUGCCGGUCUCCGCCACCGCUUCCGGCACAUCCAAUAACGAUGACGAAGACCCAUUUGAGCCCACUGGAUUCAUUACUGCCUUCUCCACCUGGUCGCUCGAGCCAUACCCAGUGUUCGCCCAAUCUUCCAUUUCCUUCGCAGGACAUCUAGCUGAGCUAGAACGCGUACUCGAGACAACGUCUUCGCCUUCCAGUCCUUCGAGCCCCUCUGUCAUGGUGGAUAAUCUUAGGGCAUAUUUGCAGAUUAUCGAUGUGGCUUCAAUUCUGGGAUUGGAGUAUGAUAUAUCGGACCACGCAUUUCAGCUCUUCAGAGACUGUUCUUCCGCCACGUGCUUAAGGAAUCGGAGCGUUGAAGCGCUUGCCACUGCUGCGCUUGUUCAAGCUAUCAGGGAAGCUCAAGAACCCAGAACGCUUCAGGAAAUAUCACUUGCUGCCAAUUUACCCCAAAAGGAAAUCGGGAAGUAUAUCAAGAUCCUCGGAGAAGCUUUACAGUUAAGUCAACCUAUUAAUAGUAACUCCAUAUCCGUCCAUAUGCCAAGGUUCUGUACACUUCUUCAACUGAAUAAAUCUGCUCAGGAGCUGGCAACUCACAUUGGUGAGGUGGUGAUGAACAAAUGCUUCUGCACUCGAAGAAACCCAAUCAGCAUCUCUGCUGCUGCAAUAUAUUUAGCCUGCCAGCUCGAAGACAAACGAAAGACCCAAGCUGAAAUAUGUAAGGUAACUGGACUAACUGAGGUCACCCUUCGUAAAGUGUAUAAAGAGCUCUUAGAAAACUGGGAUGACUUGCUGCCCUCAAAUUAUAGCCCGGCUAUCCCUCCAGAGAAGGCUUUCCCUACAGCCACUAUUGCAUCAGGGCGUUCUUCGAACUCUAGGGCUGACAUCAUCAUCGAAGCUAUUUCUUCCGAGCGUGAAAAGCAAGCUGCUGAAGCUAAGGUGAAUGAUAUAUCCCACAUGGCAUUUGGGCCGCAGUCGGAUAGUGACAAAAAAGGUCCAGUUGGUGGUAGUAGUAGUGAGUGGAAGAGUCAAAAUGUGGUUCAUGCUGUGGAGAUUGAUUCUCAUCACCCUAAAACUCUUGAGGAGAUGCAAGUAGAGACAAAUCAUGCGAUGGGCAUUUCAGGUACUACAAGAAUUCCAAUACCCUAUUUCUCCUCUCAGUUUGAUUCUGGUGUUGUUCCGGUGUCUUGGCCGUUUCAGUUUGUGCAGCCACAGAAACAUAAUGUUAAACAAGACGAAAAAGAUCAUGUCAACUAAAGUUGGUAGUCUUUGAAGUGUACAGUAUAUUUCUUUGCUGGGUGUCUCAUGUCACAAUGUUCUCUUUUAUUCUUAUACUCCGCGUAUUAUACCUUUGAAAGUAAUCAAAUUUAUGUAUUUUGAUAUGGUAAAAUUUGGCCAAUCAGAAAAGUGACAAAUAAUAAUAAAAGAACUUCAGACAUUAAAG